AUGGCUGACAACAACAAGGCCGAUAUCAUGCAUGUGGAUACGAUUGAGAAUGCAAAUAGCUCGGGCAGCAGUGUUCAGCUUGACCAGAUGAGCGCCAAUGAACAGAUCGUGCAACAUCUGCAGACUACAGGCGAGGAGGUUGGCAUGACAUGGCGUUCGAUCAUGGCUGCAGUUUCUAUGGGCAUGUGCUACAAUGCAUACCUGUUCACUCUCCUAAUUCCCCCAGCAAUCUUGAGUUUUAUCAAUGCAGACCUCGGCCCCGACCCUCGAUAUACCUGGAUUACCAUCUCCUGGAAUCUCGGUGGAGCCAUGUUUGUGACUAUCGGUGGACGUCUGUCCGAUAUCUUUGGUCGACGAUAUUUCUUCCUUACUGGCUCGACCCUCCUCAUCAUUGGAAGCAUUGUUUCCGCCACUGGGCAAAAUAUCAAUCAAAUGAUUGCCGGUGGGGCCAUUUUCGGUGCGGGCUCUGGCUUCCUUGAAAUGUCAUUCGGUGCUGUUCAGGAAAUUGUUCCCAGCAGGUACCGACACGUCACGAUUGGCCUCUUCGAUGCAUCCUCUGUGGUCGCCCAGAUUAUGCCUCUGAUAUCUUGGGUCAUCAUUAGGAACACACACACCUGGCGCAAUGCUUACUACAUGAUGAUCGCAUUCCAAGCAGUGAAUCUAAUAUUCCUCUUCUUCUUCUACCACCCGCCAACCUUCGCUGAGAAGCAGGUAGGGCAUGGCAAGACCAAGAGACAGUUGCUUAAGGAGUUCGACUGGAUCGGCCUAUUCCUUUUCAUUGCGGGAUGCACUCUAUUUAUUGUUGGCGUCAGCUGGGGUGGCAGUUUAUAUCCAUGGAUUAGCGCCACAGCUCUCUGCCCAAUUAUCAUUGGUUUCAUGACCUUAGUAGCCCUAGGAUUCUACGAGGCCUAUGGAAACAUGAAGGAGCCCCUCUUCCCACCUCGCCUGUUCAGGGCUAUGCGACAUUUUACCGUUCCAAUGCUCGUCAUGGCUAUCGGAGGGAUGCAGUAUUAUUCCAAUGCCACACUUUGGACCCGCCUUUCGCAACUUCUCUACGCUAGUGAUGAGAUCUCGAAAGGUCUCUAUGCUGAAGUCUUGCCCCUGGGCUCUGUCAUUGGUGGCAUCGUUGUUGCGUUUAGCAAGAAGAUUGGUCACCAACGCUGGCAGGUAUUCGGCGCUGUUGCCCUCCAGACUGCAUGCGUUGGUGCGAUGUCUGCUGCAACAUUAGACAACCCCGUGAGGUCAAUUAUCCUGACUUUCUUCAUCUCCCUUUGCACUUCCAUCAAUUUACUUAACGGCAUGGUACUUGUCGGCUUCGGUAUUGUGUACCAAGAAGAUAUUGGUACCGCUGCCGGUCUAGCUGGAACAUCUCGCCUACUUGCUGGCGCAGUCGCAACCGCUAUCUUCAGCAAUGUCACAAACAACAAAUAUGCCAACGUACUUCCCGGUAGAGUUCGCGCAAACGUUUCAAAAUACAACCUACCCACUGCAACACUCACUAAACUCAUUGCCGCUGCUCGAGUUAACAGCGCAGCAGCAUACAAGGCCGUCCCCGGUAUUACCCCGGCGAUUCAGGCAGCAGCAGCGCUCGGAAACAAGCAGGCUUACUUGACGGGCGCACAUUUGUCUUACCAAGUUGCCUUGGCUUUUGGUCUUUGCGGUGUUAUUGCUGCGCUCUUCAUUCCAUCUGUCGACUCGAGGAAGUAUACCAAGAGGACUGUUGCUCUCCAGCACGCUGAUCGGAAGGCUCUGGAGGAAAAGAAGGCUGUGAGCGCGGCUUGA